AAAUACCAAGCCUACUAGUGAAGGUGUUUUCAGAAUUUUUUGUUUGUUUGUUGGUGUUGUAGUUUUAAUAAUAAAAACAAGAUCUAAAUAUGAGGUCUCAGCUUAGAAAAGCCCCCCAGGUUUUUGAAUUCUUGAAAAAGAAAGUGGUGGGAGUGCAGCACAUUAUGCCCAGGUCCUCGGCUUGCGCUCUAGAUUCCAAGGAUGUCAGUUUGGCACCCUGUGGACACAGUGUCACCUCCAUCCCAGGACCCACGAGCUGGCCCGUGGUGGGCAGCCUGUUUGAGCUCCUUCUGAAAGGAGGCUUGAAAAGACAGCACGAGGCACUGGUUCACUAUCACAAGAAGUUCGGGAAGAUUUUCAAAAUGAAGUUGGGAUCUUUUGAAUCGGUCCACAUCGGUGCUCCGUGUCUCCUGGAAGCCCUGUUUAGGAAAGAGAGCAACUGUCCGCAGAGGCUGGAGAUAAAACCCUGGAAAGCAUACAGAGACUAUCGAGAUGAGGCUUAUGGGCUCAUGAUACUGGAAGGAAAGGAUUGGCAAAGGGUCCGUAGCGCAUUUCAGCAGAAGCUAAUGAAACCCAGCGAAGUGAUGAAACUGGAUCGGAAAAUCAAUCAGGUCAUGGCAGACUUCAUUGAAAGAAUGGAGACUGUUACUGAUCCAAACGGCAGAAUAGAAGACCUAUACUGUGAACUGAACAAGUGGUCAUUUGAAACUAUCUGCCUGGUGCUCUAUGACAAGAGGUUUGGGCUCCUGCAGAAAGAGGUGGACGAAGAAGCCUUAAACUUUAUAAAGGCAAUAAAAACAAUGAUGAGUACUUUUGGCAAAAUGAUGGUGACUCCGGUGGAACUUCAUAAAAGCUUGAACACAAAAACCUGGCAAGACCAUACAGAUGCCUGGGACCAUAUAUUUAAAACAGCAAAAGUCUACAUUGACAAGAGACUGAGCACACAUUCAGCAAAUCCAGCAGAUGACUUUCUGUGUGAUAUCUACCACAGCAAUGAUCUCUCCAGGAAGGAGCUGUAUGCUGCUACUGCAGAGCUGCAGGUUGGAGGGGUAGAAACAACUGCCAACAGCUUACUCUGGGCAAUCUUCAAUAUCUCCCGUAAUCCGCAUGUCCAAGAAAAGCUCCACAAGGAAAUUCAAGAUGUGAUUUCAGUUCAUCCGAUUCCCACUGCGAAAGACAUUAUGAAAAUGCCUUAUCUUAAAGCUUGUCUGAAAGAGUCUAUGAGGUUAACACCAUCAGUUCCAUUCACAAGCAGGACAUUAGACAAAGAAACAGUGCUGGGUGAUUAUGUGCUGCCCAAGGGGACCAUCUUGAUGAUAAACAGCCAGGUGUUGGGAUCCAAUGAAGAAUACUUUGAUGAUGGCAAGCAGUUUAAACCCGAGCGCUGGCUGCAAGGCAGGAAUUCUAUCAAUCCGUUUGCUCAUGUGCCAUUUGGCAUUGGAAAGAGAAUGUGUAUAGGGCGCCGACUGGCAGAGUUACAGCUACAGCUAGCACUGUGUUGGAUCAUAAAAGAAUUUAGAAUUGUGCCUACUGAUCUCAACCCUGUGGAAAUGAAUCAUUCUGGAAUCCUCAUCCCUAGCCGUGAGAUGCCAGUUGCAUUUAUCAGACGAUAAGGUAACCCAUGCAAGACGUUUUUACACUUUAUCUAAAAAACAGAAGCGAUACAGUACAGCAAUUCAGUGGCCCUCUGAAAUCUGUACUUGGUUCUGGAAUUCGUAAAGGAAAAAAUAAAACAAAAACAUACCUUGUGUACUACAUUUGACAAGGUUAACAGGACCACAAUAUUGAUAAGAAGAUAAUAUAAUACAGUGCUGGACCAAACAGCCAUUAGCAGAGCAGGGUGUGUCCUAUACUUACAGAUAGCACAGGAGGUAAACUUGAGGAGCACACUUAGCUAUUGCACUUUAAUUCAGACAUUGCCUUUAGAUCAUUUUUUAAUUUAACUCACACUUUAUGUAAAACCUGUUUUAAUGUAUAAACUGCUGGGAGAGUUCAAAAUGAGCCAUGCAAGAGUUAAAAAAAAGUUUUAAAAAAAAACCUUUGACUAUAGAUGAUGGCUCCUUAGUUCUUCACUCAUUGUGCUUUGCAAAAAAGGCACUUUUUUGUUGUUACCAUAGUAACCUCUUUACAUCCUAAUAAAGGAAUACACAGGAUUUAUGUUGGGCAAUAAUGAUCAAUGACGAUUGCUGUAUUACAAAUUCAUUUUGUUACCCUAGGCCCAAAACUAACCAUAACCCAAUAAUCCUAAAGUGUUAGUAAUCUUUAUAGGAGAAAUAACAAUUAGCAUAUUUAUUCAUCUUUGAUUAAUCUUGUCACAAAACAGGACUGUGUUGUGACUGCUGCUAUAUUUAUUAACAAAUAUGAACUUGCUUCUGUAUAUUUCUACUGUGUAUCAUAUUUAGAACUGAGAAUAUUUGUGUAUUGAAACACAUAAUACAUGUUUUUGUCUAUACAUUAUAUACCUGGUUCUAAAAAAAAUGUAAAUCUAUGUGAACAUUAACAUCAGUGUCUAACUA